UAAUAAAUGAACUAAUUAAAUUAAUCUUAUCUACUAUUUAUUCAGUACUACUGUCAACUGAAGUCUGCUUGCAGUCAACUAUGGCGUUUUUAGUCAAGCUGGGUCUAUUCACUGUGUACCUUGCGAUGUUGAUUAUCGUUCUACGGACCCUCGACUGGGCAUCAUGGCGAGGGCAACCAGAAGAGCUUAUGUCCAUGCCAGGCGCACGCUUAAAGGCUAUACUGGAGCAACGAGGAGUCGAAUAUUCACAUCUUUAUGAGAAGGCAGAAUUUGCCCGUAAAAUCAAGGCUACAGGACCAAUCAGUAACGAAGAACUGGCGAUUCUACAAAGGAACACAAGUGAAGGGUCGUCUAUAGAGAAUUUUACUAACUAUCUUUCCUUUUGCGAGCAGGUGUAUGACAAAAGAGACAAUAUAUGGUUAAUAGAAAUAAUUGUGCAACAGAAAAUGAUCUCUGAACGAGUAUGGAACGAAUUGCGGAAAAAAUUAAGCAAGUUUGGAGUCAAGUUUGGUCGGUUGAAUUGCGUUAAUUAUACGAGAUUUUGCAAGGAGAAAGGCUGGACUUCUUCGAGACUUGUAUUAGCAACGCCGUCACACAAUGAGAAAGAAGCCACAUUUUGUAAUCCAAUAACAUACACUUACCCAUAUACAGUAGAACCCAAUGCAAUAUUUAAAUGGCUGAAACAGGAGGUGAACCAAGGACUAACAGUCGUUCGAGACAAAAACGAGCUGACGCAGAACUGGCUUGAAUUUCCCGAUGUGUUCAUUUCAGAAGUACGGGUUCUGUAUGUGUCAAAAGAUCAAAGUGUGCCAUUCUGUCUUUCGUCAUUGGCCUUUAAGUAUGCAGGACGAGUUAAAAUAGGUAUAGUAAACGCAGACUCAGAUACAGGAAAAUAUAUGUUUGACACAUACCAGAUGACAGCAUUACCAUCUUAUUUGAUCAUAACACGUCAGAUGACUUAUAACUACGGCCAGCACAAAGGUGACCAAAUUACUUAUGAAGGGUUCGAUUUUGUCUUGACUACAGUGUAUCCAACACUGAAUGAUGUGUUAAAGAUAAGCAUGAUAUGUAUCAACAUGAUUGUUUGUUUUGAAGUGUGUUUCGUAAAAGGUCGCAUUUUAAAAGUAUCGCUUCAACUCGUCUAUGUUAUAUGCAAGUACAAUGUUUUUCACCUUUUUGCAUGUAUGAUUACUUGGUUAUUAUUGAAAAUUAAUUUCAUGAAAACGCUGAUACAAUUUAUAGUUCUACCAAUGCGAACAAUAAUUCUUUCUCAAACUGUCUCGAUCUUGCGGAAUGACUUGUUUUAUUGCUCUAAUAAUCUCGCAAUUCCCUCCAGUGUUUUGGUCGGAAUUAUCACCUUCAUUUGUGUAGCAAACCACUUCAAGACUCGACCACUCUCCCCGACGAAUGCCGGUUUAUUAGACGAUACUAACUCAGAGGUGAACGGAAAUGAAUCUCAAAGACAGGAAUCUAACGGAAGACGAGUGUCUGUGACUGGUGAAGGUGUAGAACAAUCGAACAAUUUAGAACAUCAUGUUUCUGAAGAAGAUAAUGAAAGGCAACGAUUAACGCAUUUAUAUGCAAACAUGUUACUACGACACAGCGGAUCACUGAGGCUAGAAUUUAAUGGAGAACAUAUCCGGAUCGAGCUUGUUUCGCAUGAUUACAUUCAAUUCCUUCCAGUCUGGAAACAUAGUAAGGACGUUACAUGUAAAGGUUACUGUAGAAUGAAAGACACAGAUGAAAACAUUUCACAUAUACGUAAAUCGACAGUAGUUAAUACGUCUGGAAUCCCAUGUACCAUAUCCGGCGUUUCUAGCGUAAAGAAUAUCAAUGUCAUGCGACACGCACCUGAUGGGUUUACCUUUGACUCAUCGUGUGUUAUUUGUCUGGAGGACUUUGAACAACUCGAAAUUUUACGCGGACUGCCUUGCAAACACACGUUUCACGACGCCUGUGUGAUUAAUUGGCUUCUAAGUGAGACCAGCAAUCGACUGUGUCCGUCAUGUCGAUUUCCUGCUCACGAUUACAGCGGAAUAAAUGCUGAUCUGCAUAUGGAUAUUGAUGACUUUUGCCAAAUGUAUGACUGAAUAUAAGUUGAAGGACCAACUGGCAAAACGAUUUGUUCAAAAAUUAUGCUUGGGGAAAAACUAAAAACAGCAUAUGAUUGAUAUCAUUAACACAAAUUACUCAACUAAAUAUACUGAUAGUAACCAUACGCGGUCGUAGCCAGUCGUCUUUAUACAUUAGACGUAAAUUUGUCCUAAAUACAACUGUUCAGUAAUUGUAUUAAUGUUGUUCGUAGGGUAAUUUUAGGCAACCUAAAACUUAAGGCAUCUUUGCAUUGGAAAAGUAGUUGAAUUCUGACGUUUGAUAUGUUACCUUUAUCAGGUUAGCACCUUUAGAUAAAUAUUUAGCUCUGUGUGUACAUAUAUACCGGUAUUACCAUAUUACAGGUUUUAGACCAACUACUAGUAAUUACAUAUUCAGUUCUUCUGACAGGGUGCAAUUCAUGAUAAAACUGUCAUGUUUAUAACAACAAAACACGUUUUUUAUUCACGAUAUGGAAAUAAAAUUUAGUACACGAGUGUAAUAGAAUGUGCCUUUCUGAAAUUACAUGGUCUUCAACUUGAUAUGGUCGAAUAUAUCUAAAGUUUAAUGAAAUUGUGAAUAUUGAUAGAACAUUUCCGCGUUAUAAACUUAUCAACUGUAUACAAAAUCAUUUCGAUGGAUCUUUAAUAUUUGUUGUUUAAUAACUGCAUUUAUACUUUGUAUAUAUAAUGAUAAGGAUAUAUUAUGUUACGAUAUACUUAUUGUUCAGUGUGUAAAGUCGUAAAGGUUUAAGUAUAUGUUAACACGUAGUUUGUGAUAGCAACAUGCACUGUUCUGAUGAAUUAAUAUUCUGAGAAAUUAAAUAUUUUGUACAAAGCGGACGUCCAUAUUAUCACAUAACUAAUGACAUAUAAAAGCAUGUAAUGUUUCGUUCACACAUAUUCAUUUAGCUGUUAUAAACUAAUAUUAUAUCUCGUAUACAUUAUUGCCAUGUAUUCCAUAAAACAUUUGUAACGUUAAAACUCAUUAAACCUUUAUUUAACAUGAUUUCCUUCUAUGUUUACAUUUUCUUAGAUCUGAUAUAUCAU